AGUCGCGACAAUCGGUCAUUGUUUGAAAAAUCUUCGAGUUCGAUGAGAUUUAACUGCUGGUGUUAUUAUGAACACAAAAGUGUUCGCAAAUAUUUAAUUUCGAUAUAUAUUUAGUUUCUUUUCGAAUUAAAUUUACGGUGUGUAAGUGCAGUUUAACGUUUCGAAGUGUGCGGGCAAGAUCAGAAUUGGAGUUGCAGUUUGCAGUAUCGAUCGAUAUUCUCAGCGAUGGACGUAAACACAUUGAGAGAUCUAUUACAACUAUUACCGGACACUAUGUGCGUUAAUAAAUCGUUACUAAAGCCAUAUUUUGGUGAUAAACCACCGGAAUAUUCCUUUAUAAUCAACAAUUCCUCAUUUUACGACCAUGUCGGGAAGCAUGAGGAUACUGACUCAGUCAUUUUCGAAGUUUUCAAAGAAGAAAGGGGCUUGGACAAAGCUGAUGUUGUCGAAAUCGAUGAGAAGGAUGGUGCUGAAGGUGUUGCAAUUGGUGAAGAGACAGAAAACGCCUCAUCAAAACCAGAGCUUGAUGUAGUAAAAGCUGAAGGUGGCGUGAUAGUAAAUUCGAAGACCUAUUUGAAAGACCAGAACUGGAAUACAAUACUAUCUAUUGAUGGGUUGUACCAAUGCUGUGUGUGCGAUAAAAUGAUGACUCCUGACGGCGUGGACCCGCAUAUGUCUACAAAUACACAUCAAACCAAUUGGGAUAGGUGCAGUCCGCUCCCGGAGUACGAAGUUAGCGUUGUUAGAAAGAUAGAAUAUUAUUAUCAUUGUGGUGUGUGCAACCUUUUAACCAUACACAUAAGCGAUCAUAUAAACACGGAAACACAUAAGCAAAGUCUCAUGCAUGCUGUCAAUAAAGCGUUAGCGAUUAUUAAUAAAAAUCUAGAUAAUGUAGAAAGUGCAAACGAUGAAACUAAAGCAGAAGUUAUUAACGGACCAGUUGAUACUGCAGCAGUUAUUGCAAACGAAACUGAUCGUAUUAAUGCACCAAUCAAUAGUUCAGUUGACAAUAAAAUUAUAAACAAAACAAAUAAAGAUAGUCCAGUAAAAAUGAAUAGUCCAAAUAAAAUUAGAAAUUUGGCUGUUCCCUCUCCAGAUAGUACCAAGAGUCAAAAUAAUAAAACAUCUAAAAAACCAUUCCCAAAUUUGAGUCCCGUUAAGAGAAAUGUCCCGGUGAAGGCUUUUAAACUCACACCCGAUGCAUUCCCAAAUCUAAGAUCUAAUGGAAUUACUAUGAAUCCAAUUACCAAUUCAGCUGAAAAUCCAGAGUCUAAAAGCGACACUGACCUAAAUCCAAAUUCAAAUUUGACCGAAAACUCAGCAUCCAAAACUACGUCUGAUGUUGAGCAAAAUGCGUCUAAAUUGCUUGACAAUAAAGUCGACAAUCAAAACACAUUUUCGUACGCAUCAGCGGCGAAGAAAGUUGUAAAUCAAAACCCAGAAUUCGUGUACCACGAAUAUAAAGAUAGGACUGUGAAAGCUAAAUACGAUUCCUGGCAUAUGUUAUUGAAAAGGAGAAAUAAAACGUUUUAUUGCAUGGCGUGUACUGAGACGAAUAUUAAUGACAAAAUGCAGCACUGUUCCUCCACCAAGCAUUUACAGAAUUUGGAUAAAUGUACGAUCGUUAAUGCUUAUGAGGAUUUUUUUAUUAGAAAGGUUGGUGAUAAAUUUUUCCAUUGCGGCCACUGCAACAACCUUCAAUAUCCACCCGACAUGACUCCUCACAUCGCCAAAAUGCACCCCAGCAAACAAACUCAGACGGAGGACCCGAAAAAACCCGAACCCGUCCGAAUAGAGUACGUAGCGAACGCGAAGAACGUUGACGCUGUCAAACGCAGCGGGACUCCCGAGUCGACGAAGAGCUCGGACUCCGCAAGAACCACAGACUCGACGUUGACAAACCCGAAAAAAAACGCAAAUAUUUUCACGAGUGAAAUAAAAAUUUGCCCGUUCGACAUGGAGCUGAGUUUGAACGUACUAUACUACAAUACUGUGUUUAUGUACACUGAUAAGCUUGUGUGCGCUCUAUGUGAUUGUUAUGUCCAAGAAGAUCCUGUGCAACAUAUCUGUGGGACGCGGCAUACGGAGAUAUUACGCCGAAGUCCAUUCAUUACCAGCUAUAACAACAAUCUAAUAAGAGAGGUAAGAGAUAAGUUGCACUGCGCGCUUUGCAAUACUUAUAUAUCCCACGAGAACAUAUUUACGCACAUAAUGAAUCCGCCACACACCUCCUUACUGGCCAGGUCCGUAACUCUUGCGCAAAUGAGGAACACCCCACAAAUGCGUCCUCCUGCCCCACAACCGCGGCUCCCCGGCCCCGUGUUAACAUACACACCCACAGUCCAGGUGCCAAAUAUGAACACUGUGACUAAUGCGAUGUGUAGCUGGUGGCAAUCUGUGCCUGGGUUUAUGAGGAACCAUGUGGUACCAAUGAUGCCAUGUAGAGCGCCGAUGGUAUACCCCGGAUCUGUCCCCGGACCAGCGUUCAAUCCGUAUCCGUACCACCGUUAUGCUAGUCCGGUUGUGCCAGUACAAAACGCUGUGGUAGCUGUCAGUACACCAAAUGUUCCAAACGCAACAGUUCCGGAAAAGGUGGAGCCUGAAAAACAAACCGUUGAACCGAUUGCGAAAGAUGAUGUAUCUGAAAGCGAGGCGAAAUCUGACGUCGAAACGUCGAAGGCGAGUCCGAAAAAGAAAGAAAAAUGUAUUAUGAAGACGAAGGAUAAACCGAAAAAGUCGGACAAUCGUAUCGUAAAAGAAUCGAAAAAAACGAAAAAGGACUCGCCGGCGAAAAAAAAGUCCGUGAUUAACGAAAUUAAACGAAGCGUCGAUCAGUUAAAGGCCCUCGAAAAUAAAAACGACAAUGAUGUUGAAAACGUUGAUGUCAGCAAAGAGUUGGAUGGAACGAAAAAAACAAACGUCUUCGGAAACGAAGAGACUUCGCUAAUAAAAAUAGAUAAUACGAUACGACAACGCAAAUCGUUUUCUGAAGUCGCUAAAAUGCCGCCGAAGGAUGUAUCUCUUGCAAAAUCUGACGUUACAGCCGUGACCAGGUUACCUUUGGACAAACAUAAGAUUACUUGGGAUGAAAACAUGUCUAAAGAGACCACGCCGCCUAAAAGUGACAAUUCGUUAAAAAUAGUUGACGUAUUGAUGAACAAAAAGGUCCUUUCUGAUGUCAAUAAAAAGGAUCCUAAUACAGCUGUCGCAAUGACCAAUGAGUGGCCCUUCAAAGAACAAGAUACCGAUGAAAAAUAUGACCAAAGUGAAUUCAAAUUAGUCUCAAAAAAGAAAAACAGCGAGCUUAAAGAAAAGGAUACAAUUUUGGAUAAAACAAAAUAUACCGAAGACUCCAGCUUGACUAUUGUUACAGAAAAAUCGAACGAACACAAUAAAGAUAAGAUUGAAAUUACUUUGGAUGAUAUAAAACUGGUUUCCGAAUUGUACGAACCGGUUGAACAAAAUAAGGACACAAACGAAAAUAAAAAAGCUAAAGUGAAAGAGGUUACGAUGGAAAAGAACAAAGUCACUUUUGACGAUAGUAAAAAAAGCCCUCAAAAGGAAAAAGCAAAAACGUCAAAGGAAAAUGAACCGAGCAAAAAUAACCUCAAUGUAGAAGAUAAUAAGAAAACUAAAGAAGUAAAUAAAGACAUAGUCAAGGCAAACGAAACGGAGGACCAAAAGAAACCAAAAAUAAAAGCGUCCAAAAAAGACAAGGACACAAAACCCGAAACGAAAAUGGAAUGCGCGGAGUCAAUUGACGAACCUGUACCAACCAUCCAACCGAUCAACACAGACAAUAACUCAGAUGAUUUCGACAUGGAAGAGUUAAUCUAUUUGAAUCUCAAAAGCUUUAUAGCUAAGAUCACUUUUAGCUCGUACAACAGCUUGGUCCCAGUCGGCGAUGGGACCAGAUAUUGCUUUGUCUGUUGGGAACAAGUGUUUGCCGAUUUGAAUAAACAUGUUGAAAGCAAUAAGCAUUUGGAAAACAUGAAGAGUAGCAAAUACAUGGAUCAUUAUAACGACAAUAUGAUUAGAUGGAAAAACUCAACCCACCACUGCAGUGUUUGCAACGUGAUCAUAACCGGUAGCCUGCAAACGCAUCUAAGCUGGCAACACCACGCGGCAACCCUUUUAGAAACCAAAAAAACCGUCAGGCAACUAACUAAAGAUAUGAAAAAAACAAAUUACAGGCAAUUCAGAGCUGUCACUACAAAGAAAAACUACACCUGCGCGAACCAGGUCAAAUUUAAAAAAAGUAUUUGUGAUAAUAAUUUUUUUUAGCUUCUUCCUAACGUGGAUGCGCCUAGACUGGCGAAAAAAAAUAAGCCACGUUACACUCGGACUGAUCAUUGUGUUUUUUUAUAUAUAUUACGUGCGGUGAAUGGUGUUUUUCGUUUUUUUUUCAAUCCGAUCGAUUUUUUUAUGUUUUUUAUCAUCACCGCGUUGCUGAGGAUCUUGUUCUGUUUCAUUCUAAUGAUGUGCAUAUUAUUGUUUUGGAAUCGUUUGUAAUGUAAGCAAGUAUUUUAUUUAUUUACAUAUAGUCUACUUUAGUUGUUUUACGAAUAUGUGCACUGGAUAUAAUAGUUAUAAGAACGAAUAUUCCUUGUAGUUAUACACUUGUGUUAAACUAGAAUCUUCCAAUAUGUUUAUGUAAACCUAUCAUAUAGUAUUUUAGAAAUUUUGAUAAUAAAAUAUCUAUUAGAAAUAAUAAUAUUAAAAUAUAUUCCUUUUAGAAAGUUUUUAAAUAAAUAUCAUGUAAGUACUAAAUAAUUAUAAAAUUUUUUGAUAUCUGUAGUAUUAGUAUUUAAACUAUAAAACCUAGAUUUACUUUAUGCAAAUGCUACGCGAUUUUUGAGUAAUAUUUAUAACCUAGAAUAUUAAGCGAAAUUAAAUUUUGACAUAUUUUAAUUAGGGUAAGAAUCAAUGAUACUGUUUUUGCCUGCGACUUCGCGUGAAAAAGUUUUUCUGACACAAAUAAUUUUCCGAGAUAAGUAGCCUAUAGCACUCAGUAUUGUAACUUCCUAUUAGUAAAAAAAAUUUACAUUUUUUCUUUAUAGAUUUUACAUUGAUUCUACUUUACAAGUAAAUUUAUUGACUCGGUGGCGUGGUACUUCGCUCUGAGGUCUAAGGUUCAAAUUCCCGUCAAAUAUUGAGUAUUUUUGUUGAGUUAGCUCGGAGUCUAGAAUUUAUGUAAUAUAGAGGCUUGCACUUGCGACGUAACACAGGGCGAAAAGGUACACUGUUUCCAUCCAUUCUUACCCCUUUAGGUAUAAACGUGCAAUGUUAUUCUUUGUAAAAGCUCCACUAAAUACAAUGGUUUCUCUUAUUGUCAGCCCAAGAUGGCGCUGACAUUUUCAACUGUCAAAAUGUCGUUUGACAUCAUUGAGAUUAUCACAAUUUUUAAAACUAUUACGUAGCUUUUAGUUUAUAAAUUAUGUUGAAUUUUUUAUGUAUAUUGCAAGGGACUAUUAAAAAAUAAGCAUUUAAAUUAUUAAUAUCGUCGGGUAAAGGCUAAGUGACUUAAACGACAUUUUUCUCGAAAAAAAAUAUGUAAUUAGUUUAAAAAAAAAACAGAACAACGUGCUGAUUUUAAUUAUGUCUGAAAAAGUUAGUUUCGGAAAAAAAAUCGCUUAAGUAAAUUAGCUUUUCAACCACCGAUAUAUAGAUUGUUGUGUUUAGUUUGUACGCGCGAAUUGAUUUUAUAACAUGCUAAGGCCCCAGUCAACGUAUUUUUAAGAACCACUAUGAAAGUUUCAUAUUUUUUAUUUUAUUUGUGAUAAUAUAUAAAUGUUACAAUAUAGAUAGUACAUAAUAUUAGUCGUAGGUUGAUUUUAAAUGUUUUCUCAGCGAUAACUACGAUUGCGCGUCGCUUAUAACAAUGCUGUUUUUUGCGGCCUAUAUAACCUUUUAUUUAUAAUAAACAAUAAGUUUAAUAAUAAAGAAAUAAUUAAAUUUAAUGGUUAGGUUUAAUGGAGAUUGAAAGUCCCUUGCAAUUGAUAUUUCUUCUUAUAAGUUUGUAUAUAAGGUUAAAAACUGAAAUAGUAUUCAACGAAAAAAUUAAAUAAACGAAAAUCUUCUUUAAAAGAUUGAAUGAAAAAAUAAUUUAAAGAACAGCUGUUACCUAUUGACUAUUAACGAAGAUAAUAUUAUAAUAUUUUAUUUGCAUUGAAUGUAGGUACAAAAAGACGCUAAUAUACCGUAUAAUGACGCUGAAAGGCAGUCAUAUCUAUGCGACAAAUAUACCGAAAAUGAAUUAUAUAAAUAUUUACAAUCGCCAAAUUUUUCUGCGUCAUUUGAUUUAGGUUUUGUAGGUCUAAGACAAUUUUAAAUCCAUUAGUCUAUAUAUUUAUAAAAAAGGUUCAAUUGUUGUGAAUUUUCAUAUUAAAAUCAAAACUUUAAAGCACGUUACUCAAAAAUUUAUUGAUUGUCGCUUAGAUAUGAUUGCCUGUCAAGCGUCGAUAAGUUCCGAUACAUUCUACCAGAUGGCGUUCAAAAAUAAAGCUUGGAAAUUGAUAAGUAUUUAUAAACUAACGGCCUGACAGGCGUUGUCCUGCCUUAAAAAAAGCACAUAAACUAGAACCCGAGUAUAGCGCGCGUACCUGGUCCAAUUAUGAAUCUACAACAUCCAGGGACCCACCCGAACACACGUAAAUAUAAAAAAAUACAUUCUGCUAACUUCACAUAUAUUUUUUUUAUUGUUUUGUAUGACAAGACGAGCUUACCGUUCGCCUGAUGGUAAGCGAUACGAUCCAUAAACAGUAGAAACACCAUCCAACACCUUGAAUUACAAAGUAUUGUUUGCUAUACCACUGCGCUCGUUAUCCUGAGACAUGAGUUGUUAGUCUUAUGUCCAGUAGUUAUCAUCAAACGCGGAAACUGUCAAAACACAGAAGUUAAAAUCGUUGUUAAUUUUUCUAAUGUUCGGCUCAACUUCCUUAAUUGUUUCUUUCAUAAGAACCUGCUGACAAUAAUUAACACAACCAAAAAGAAUUAGCGAAAUUGUUCCAUCAGUUCACGCGUGAUGCGAUGACCAAGGGAAAUAGAAAUUCAUUUUUAUAUAUAUGAAAUAUCAGUGUUUAAAAGUAAUAAGGAAAAACAGGCUAAGGGCCCGUGUCAUACAUUUCGUUUUUUUGACAGUUGUAUUAAACGGCUAAUGUAGAUACUUGUUUUCUUAUUUGGGAGCAUAGAUUCGUGUGACGUUUGUAUUUGGUCGGGUUAUGUAUGUGACGAGCGUUUACUCGAGUUUAAAACAGGUCCUAAAUAAUUUUCUAUUUUAUUAGAGAUACUAUGAGAUAAUACAUACAGUACAUUUUUUAAUACGUAUGUUUACCUUUUGAAGGUAUUUACAACUUACAGUGGGGUAGUUUCCUACAUUUGAUUUAGUUUAUUGUAAAUCAGGAAUCAGCAUCAAAAUUGGUUGAAAAAUAAAGCAACUAUUCAUAUUUGAAAUAUUAUUAUCAGCAAAAGUGGGGUUAUCGCGCUGUCCUUUUCGCACUCACGCUGCGUCAUGGCCGAUGGCCCUGAGUGACAUCAUAUUUCACUAUAACUGUAAUUUGACAGCUUCCCUUUCCACCAAAUUUCAAAGCUUCAUAACUUUUUUAUUAUUGCGUUGAUUUUGAAAAUUCUUCCGAUAGAUUUUGCAUGAAAUACAUUUUUGAUAAACGUAUUUAAAGAAAGUCAACUACCCUUUGUUGACAGUAACAAUCAAAGUAAAAGUAUUAGUCAAAUAUAUUUCUUUACAUGACUGAUGCUUUCACUACUCCUGUAAGUAUGUGUUGUUAAAUUGUUUAAUUCUGUAUGCAGAGCAGAAUUAAUGCAAUUUUAAUAGUAGAUAGAGCAAAGGAGAUGUCCAAAAAUGGUUUUUUAUUUACAAAAUUCUGAACAAGAUAAUUUAUAUCGACGGUUGAAAGGUGUAUGCACUUAAGCGAAUUUUUUUUUGCGACACUCAGUUUCAUACAGAUUGGAAAUCAGCAUUUUUUUUUUGUAUUUUUACAAAGUUAAAAUUUUUCGAAAAAGAAAUGUCGCUUACGACUAUUAGCCUCUCAACUGUCGAUAUAUAUUUAGAUAUAAGUCUUAAAAACGAGCUUAUUGACAUUACAUUGAAAUUAUUAAAUUAAUCAGUUAAUUUGAAUAACCUUCGUUUUUGAGAUUUUUAUAUUUUUUUUUUACUUUUUUAUGGCAAUUGUACAUUAUACCAGUUACAAGUUCGUUUUUUUAAAUUAGAAAUUACAUUUAAAAUGAACGCUUUUAUUAUCCAAUAAGUUUGAAGUUGGUUGGAAUGUUAGAAAUAAAGAACCAGCGCCUCUACAAAAAGCGGACAUCUCCUUUUUGAUAUAAGACUUGUAUAAACUUUUAAGUAGUGAUAAGAAGUAGGAAGUAGGGUGAAUAUUUGUUUAGAUGUAGUCCUCCUUCACUGAAUAUAUCGAAUUUCAAUCAUUCUAUGAAUAUCAACGGUUGAAGACUAAUUAACUAAGCGACAUUUUUUCGAAAUUUUAUAACUAGGUUAAAAAAACAUAGAAAAAAGUGCCGAUUUUAAAUAUGUAUGAAACUUAGUACUAUAAAACUCACUAUUGAUACUGACUUUUUAUAUAUUAGAUAGUUGUAUGUAUUUUUAAUACGAUUAUUACAUACAGCUCAAUAAAAGUGUAGUUUAUUUGAAUAGCGCCACCUGGCGAAAAAAAUUGUAUUUGAAAAAAAAAAUGUAAUUCGU